UGUUGUUAUUGAUUCAUUGAAUAACUUGCUUCUAAAAGAUCUUAAGAUCCUAUCAGUUUGUAACAGUCAAUUUAAGAAAGCACUUGAAUUUUAUUCAGAACAGAAUCGACAAGAAGAGGUUCACGAUGAAUUCUACAAGGACAUGGGUAAAGCAUUCUUUAGCGAGAGUUAUGGAAUUCUUUUAAAUUGCCAUGAGAAUUUUUAUAAGUUCAAAAAAGUAUUUGAUUACUGUGAGAGAUAUCAAGAUCGAAGUUUACCACUUGGUGAGAGGUUGCUUACCUAUACAUUCAUUGAGUUUCGAGUAAAAGAAGGAAUGCAUGUUAGCGGGCAUUCCUAUGUUUAUAAGAUCAUCGGAGGA